AGACUAUUUCUCAAAGAAAGCAGCGAGACGUGAGAUAUAAACAAUGAAAGGGUGGACGGGGAACACAAGAAGUGACGAAGUUGAGUGCAAUACCAUGUAAAAUGUUAGUGUAGGAAGACGUCGACAUCUCACUCCGCCCGAGCCUCUGAGUAUACAUGGUGCUCUCUUCAGUAACCCGCUGCUGCCCAACCCUGCAGUGUGUGCCUGUUAUCUCGAGGAACUUGGCUGUUCCACGGCCAAACGUGCUGUUGUUCAAGUCUGCUCGACGUAGAGAGACCACGCAACUAAAUAUCCGCUCUUUGGGGUCUUUGUCUUCAACGCCUGUACUCCUGGCCUCGUCAUCGUUGUCAUCGCCAUCUUCCUCAUCAAAACUUGUCAGCAAAGCGACGGGUAGUUUGCGUGGAGGAAAGCUAGUUUGUUUGCUACGAGUCAGUCCUCGACGCCCUUCCCCGACUCCGAGCCGUCGAGGUAUCCACACCCAGGUCGGCGUGAUGGCCAAGAGCAAGUUUGAGUACGUGAAGCAGUUCGAGACGGACGACCCGUGCCUGCAGAACUGCUGGAUUGUCGUCAGGAUCGACGGGAAAGCCUUCCACAAGUUCACAGACGUCCACCACUACAUGAAGCCGAACGACGAGCGUGGGCUGGGGCUGAUGACUCGUGCCGCCCAGACCGUCAUGGCCGACUUCUCCGAGGUGGUGCUGGCCUAUGGACAGAGCGACGAGUUCAGCUUUGUCUUCCACAAGAACUGCAAGCUCUAUAACCGACGGGCCAGUAAAAUAAUGACUAACGUGGUGAGCCUGUUUGCCUCAUCAUUCACCCUGUACUGGCCACGGUACUUCAACACCCAAGAGCUGCAGUACCCGCCGGCCUUUGAUGCCAGAGUGGUGCUCUACCCAUCCGACGACAACCUCAGAGACUACCUCAGCUGGAGACAGGCUGACUGUCACAUCAACAACUUAUACAACACAUGUUUCUGGAAGCUGGUACAGGAGAAAGGUUUGACACCAGCUCAGUCACAAGAGAGACUGAAGGGCACUUUAUCAAGCGACAAGAAUGAGCUACUGUACUCACAGUUCAAUAUCAACUACAACAACCUUCCUGAACUGUACCGUAAAGGCACAGUGCUCAUCAGACCUCGUGAUGCAGAGGCUCAGUCAGAGAGGGAGACCAACAACUACAGAGGGUACUCGGCAUCCAAGAAGUCAGAAAGGAAACCGGGGAGUGUAGUGCUACACUCAGACAUUAUAGGCAAAAAAUUCUGGGAAGAGCACCCGUAUAUACUAAAUCCAAAGUUGUAUGGCAGCUAACCAUGAAGAAUUUUAUAUCUUAUAGACAUGUACAUGAUAUACAUUGUAUGUAAGCCCACAUGUGACGCAGUUAAGAAACAGAUCAGUAUAUCUAGUGUCUGUUCAGACCUGCUCUCCUCAGUGUCUUUGCUUUGAAGUUUGAGAGCCAAGACGAGGAAGAGAGAUGAUGAUUGUGAAAGAACAGUUCUCACCUUUUUGAAUAAACACUGUUGGGAAAUGGUGUAGAGCUAGUUACGUGCAGCUCAAACAUUCAAAUAUUUGAAACAUUUUCCUGACUUAGUACUUUUAUCUUGUGAAAAAUUGUUUUCCUUUUUUAUCUAUUGCCAAUUCCUGCAUCUCGUUAUUUAAGGUACAGUGGAAUCCGCUUACACUGAAAAUGGUUAACCGGAAAACGGCUGUGAUCUGAAGGACAAAAAAAAUCAGUUCUUUUUUUCUUCUUUGUCUUUGUAAAAUAAUACUGAUCAGAAAAAAUACUCUGAAACAACAAAAAUUUCGAGCGUUAUGUUGUCUAAAUCGUCACUAGCGAUCUGCAAAUAACACAAUUCAUCAAGUCUUACUACUUCAAGACAGCGAAGAGAAGAAAGAGGCAUGAGAACGCAAUUGUGUAGAUUCUGGGCUAGAGAGAGGCAUUGCCAGUUUACUGUUUGCAUAAUUAUGUUUAUCACACACAUCCAGAGGCCUAUGCACUGUGUAUAGCAUAGUGGUGCAAUUAUUGUCUUAGCAAAGCUAGUUAACAUACAAUGAGACAGUGACCGCAAGUGAUGUGUUUCAUGACUUCAUUGGCGUUGAGCCUUCUCACUUCUAUAUUCUUUAGGCCUAGCCUAGCACAGAGCACAGUAUGACCAUAGACUUUAGAUUAUAGUGUCAGUGGUGGUGUUCAGUACAAUGUGCCAGUCUACUCUUUUGUCUGCUCUGUGUGACCGUUCGGCAGAUAUGAGCCAGCUGACAAUUUCCAAGAGAAAGCGCAAUGCGUACAGACUGCAGAUCAAUUGCAGUUAUUGAAAGAGGUAGAAGCAAAAAAACAAUUAUAAAGUGAAAGUUGCUGCAAGCAUGGCAUUCCCAACUCUUCGCUGUCGACAGUCAUCUCUGGGAGAGAAAAGAAUUGUAAUAACGAAGUAGUGCCGAUGGGAAAAGCCCAUUCUCACCCCUAGAAAGAAGAGUCCAUAAUUCAGUGAUUGUUAUUCUUGGGAUUUGAGUGAUGACUUCAGUGUGCACGCCAUUUUAGCAAUCUUUCUAAACCAAAGAAAAUUUGGGGUUCCUGCAGAUUUCAAUUUAAACGGAUUCCACUGUAACUUUAUGUUUGCUUUUUUGUUAUUGUAUGUCAAGUGUUUUGUCUCUUACGUGUAUGAGAAUGUGGUAUAAGUAUAAUAAUUGGUGGGCUAGUGUUGUAAACCAAACUUUCACUUUUGUUCCCGUCAUGUUUUGUUCUUUGAAAGUGACAUUUGGUGGUUAUGGGUUAAAUAAAUAAUUGAUUGUAAUUUGGUUUUAAGGGCAAUAGCCAAGAAAACCUUACUGGUUUUAUUGUUUGAUGAGAUGGUAAUAAAACAUAUUAAUAUAGAUCUAUUAUGUAUUUUUAUAAACAUUAUUCCAAAGAAAGAAUUUUGUCUUUCAAGUGGAUGAAUGUUUCUUUUUCUGGAUGAAUGAAUAUUAAUUUGUUUUGAAAGUUUUCAUUUCAUUAUCAGUACCAUAAUCAAAGCAUUUAAUAAAUGAGUGAAGAAUCUA